GGAACCAGAGCAGACAGGCGCGAGGCUCCCAGACGCUUCACCACCAGAGCCACCUGAGUCCAGCACACAGCCAGGGAGCCGCAGAGGGCUUCAGGGCUGUUAGGAGGACAGAGGACAGAUCCUUUUCAGGCAGGGGGGCUGAGCACAGCUUUUGUCCCCAGCUCUUUACUUUUUGCCUCAGCAGAAAAGGAUUGCCUUUACCUCUUCCAAGUCAGCACAGCAGAUUCUCCCGCUAAACAAAAAGAUUUUCCUCAGAAGGAUGGCGGGACCCCGGUGCCCAGCGAAAGCCGCCACCCUGCCGCACGGGCUCAUCCUCUUCCUCGUCCUUCUCCUCCUCUUCCUCACCCCAGCUGCCAUGGCAGCGGAGGAAUAUGACUACUACAGCUGGCAGUCGGACACCUUCCACAACGGCCGCUUCUACGCCAAGCAGCCGCAGUGCGUGGACAUCCCCGCUGACCUGCGCCUCUGCCACGGCGUGGGCUACCGGCGCAUGCGCCUGCCCAACCUGCUGGACCACGAGACCAUGCCCGAGGUCAAGCAGCAGGCGGGCAGCUGGGUGCCGCUGCUGGCCAAGCGCUGCCACGGCGACACGCAGGUCUUCCUCUGCUCACUCUUCGCGCCCGUCUGCCUGGACCGGCCCAUCUACCCGUGCCGCUCGCUCUGCGAGGCGGUGCGCGACAGCUGCGCCCCCGUCAUGGAGACCUACGGCUUCCCCUGGCCCGAGAUGCUGCAGUGCCACAAGUUCCCCAUCGACAACGACCUCUGCAUCCCCAUGCAGUCGGCGGGAAGCCCCGCCACCCCGCUGCCAGCUUCCAAGGCCUGCCCACCUUGUGACAAUGAGCUGAAGGCUGACGCCAUAAUGGAGCACUUUUGUGCCAGUGAUUUUGCGCUGAAGAUGAAGAUCAAGGAGGUGAAGAGGGAGAACGGCGACCGCAAGCUGGUGGCAGCACAGAAGAAGAAGAAGGUGCUGAAGAUGGGUGUCCUGCGCAAGAAGGACCUGAAGACGCUGGUGCUCUACCUGAAGAACGGCGCCGACUGCCCCUGCGCCCAGCUGGACAGCCUGGGCAGCAGCUUCCUCAUCAUGGGCCGCAAGGUGGACCAGCAGCUGCUGCUCAUGUCCAUCCACAAGUGGGACAAGAAGAGCAAGGAGCUCAAGUUCGCCAUCAAGCACAUGAAGUCGCAGCAGUGCCCCACGUACCACACGGCCUUCCAGUGAGGCGCCCGGAACCUAACCCCCUGACCCCCCCCCGCCCAACCCUACUCAUUACUUCAUGCUUACGUUCCAAUACUGCAGUAUCUGUAACAGAAGACUCAAUGCUAUAGUCAUGAUUGUUGAUCGUUCCAGCUUGCGGCAACAGGGAUUGGUACCUCUCCGUAAUAGAGCGAUACGAUCCUCCAUAAGGCUGUCUUACAAAAGAAAAAUCACUUUUUUAAUACUCACGAAGAGAUUACCUUUAAUCCUGUGAUAGUGAAUGAUGCAGAAUAUAAAGAUCUGGGGCCAAGUUUGCCGUGUGUUGGAUCUACUUGCGUUUUAAAACUUUUUUCAUUUUAAUUGCUUUUUGGUUUGUGCUUUCGUUUUAAAGAAGACCGCAAUGAAAAGAGUGAGACUGGAAGAAGCCAGAAGGGUGUUGAAAGAUUUUUUUAGAAAACCUGGUCACGGCAGGAAUUGGGGGGGUGGCGGUGGGAGGGGUGGUGGAGUUAAUACUGACGUUGAGAGAUAAAGUGUACCUCUCUAUUCAGCAAAAAAAUGCUAUUGUGAAGUUUGCCUUACAGUUUAGGGGAGGGUCCACUGGAGAAAUUACUGAGACAAUGCAGGAGGCCACCUACCCUCUGGAAUUGGUGUGGAAAGGCCACCAGAAUUCUUGUGCAGAUUAUGGAACCAUUUUAUAGCCUAUUUCCAGUAAAAAGCAGAUCAUCAAGGUGAGAUUGGAGGCAUGAGAGCCCUCUGAAGCUGAUGAUGAGUGUUUUCACAGCACAGCACCCACCGUGGGCCAGUGGUGGGACUGCAAGCAGCACCUGAACCACUCCUGUAAGCAAAAUUGGAGGAGGUAAUUCGAUCUUGGGCCUCUGGCCUCUGGAAUGUGACAGACUCUGGAUUGAACCUGUUCAUUGGUUUGUGGCAUCUCUGUUUCUAUUAUUUUUAUCUUUCAUUACAGUCCUCAUUGCAAGUUUUUAUUCUCCGUUUGCUUAAAAUACAGCCCACAAAAUGACAGCAAAGUCCAUGAACGUAGCACCUGCAUUCAUUGUCGCUAUAGUAAACCACAAAACCAUAGCAUCUGUUUUGUUUUUUUUAAUCAGUGAAUUUGUAAGUAGUUAUGUUACUGAAAAAGGUACCAUGUUAACCCU